AUGCGCAACCUGCGAAUCGUUGGAAGGUCGCUUUUGCGAUUUUCCGGCGACAACCCGCUGCCACUCGCUGCGACAGCCUGGGAUGUUGCCUCGAAUUCAGUCAUCUGUGCUUUUGGGCCUUCCAAAUCACGUGCCGUCAUCGAACUCAAACGUCUACACUACGGGCGAGACAGCGCCGAAGAUCAACUAGAGGACAUUGCUUCGUGGGAUGCUCCAUGCCCUUUACCUUCCCUCCCAUACGAUUCUAUACAAAGUCUUCAUCAUUUCUCGGACUCAUCAACAUCAUGCCUCGUCUUGGCUGGAGGAGACAUUAUUCUGGUCAGAGAGCACCCGCUUCCGGAUGAGGACUCAGUCGAGAUUGUUGGAUCUAUAGACGCUGGAGUAUCCGCCGCAGCCUGGUCGCCAGACGAAGAGCUUCUGGCCAUCACCACCGACGCCGAGACGCUACUUCUCAUGACUCGGGACAUUGAAAAUGUAGCAAACGUCACUCUUACUCCGGAAGAUACUAAAGUUUCUAGUCACGUAUCUGUGGGCUGGGGGAAAAAGGAGACUCAGUUCAAGGGCAAGAGAGCAAAGGCUUUGCAAGACCCUACUGUCCCAGAGCGUGUCGAUGAAGGAGUUCUGAGUCCCUUUGAUGAUGGGUUCGUGACGAUCUCUUGGCGGGGCGAUGGUGCCUAUUUUGCCGUUAACGGCGUCGAAGGAGGGCGUCGAAGGAUGAUCCGUGUGUAUUCAAGAGAAGGACAGCUCGAUGGCGUUAGUGAACCCGUAGAUGGCCUUGAAGGCGCCCUGAGCUGGCGACCAUCGGGCAAUCUAAUUGCGAGCAUCCGCCGUCUGAGUGAUCGUACUGAGGUCAUCUUCUUUGAGCGGAACGGCCUCCGGCACGGACAAUUCGAUUUACGACUUAGCCCGGAAGUGAUGCAGGAUCUCACCACGUCGUUGACCCUGAGAUGGAGUAGCGAUUCCAAUGUCAUUGCAGUGUGCUACCCGGCCAAGGUCCAAUUGUGGACGAUGAGCAAUUACCACUACUAUCUAAAACAGGAGCUGGUAUUUCCUGAGCCUGGUGCUCCGAAUGUCUUAUGCAACUGGCAUUCAGAGAAAGCUUUGUCACUGGCACUAUUCACACCUGGAUCACUCCAAGUUCUGGAAUACCUCUUUACUAUUGUUACCGGGCCUGCAACUCCCCCAAACGACUUUGGACUUGUCGCCUCUAUCGAUGGUUUAUCACUAAAGUUAACACCAUUACGAAUUGCCAACAUACCUCCUCCACUAUCCCUACACCAACUUGCUCUUGACCAUAAAGCAGUCGACGUGGCCAUUUCGCUGUCUAGUACCAGGCUCGCAGUUCUUUCAGAUCGGGAUAUUUCUGUUUAUGCUCUUAACAUGCGACGGAGGCCAGUCCCCGCUCCCGAGUUGAUGUGGCGAAGUGGGGCUUUCAAUGGUCAUUGUCCUCGCCAUGUUGCAUUUAUCGGGGACGAGGACAUAUUUAUUCUAACUGAUGAUUGGGAUACAGAAUAUAGCUGUCUGUGGAGGAUCACAGAGAAAGACUUUGUGCCGCUUGGCCAUAUAGCACGGACUAGGCAUAUAUCUUCCCUCCUACCCAGUGUGGACUACAAAGGCUUGUAUGCUCAAUUCGAAGAUGGAUCUCUGUACCAAGUCCAACACGAUGAGAUAUCGAGCGAUUCGGGUCCUCGAACGACUUUGAUCAACAAGUUCUCUUCGUGUCCUCCAGAACCAAUGGUUAUUGUUCAAGAUGGAAAGCCUAUCGCUUUCGGGUUAACUAAAAGUGGUGUACUUUACGCGAACAAACGGAUCCUCGUUCGAAAUUGUACAUCCUAUUUGGUUACGCCUGCCCAUUUAAUAUUCUCAACCGCUCAACAUCUCCUCAAAUUUGUCCACAUGACAAGUGUAGAUGAACUCGAAGUUCCCUUGGAUGAGCCACAGAAGGACGAGAGAUGUCGUAGCAUUGAACGAGGUGCUCGUCUCAUUGCCGCUAUGCCAACAACAUACUCAGUUAUACUGCAGAUGCCACGGGGGAAUCUUGAGACCAUCUACCCUCGUGCGCUUGUUCUUGCCGCUAUCCGACGAGGUAUCGAAGGAGAGCGAUAUGCAGAAGCAUUUCUAGCAUGCCGCAACCAGCGUGUGGAUAUGAAUAUUCUACACGAUCACGACCCGAAACGCUUUCUGGCUAAUAUCGAGAGUAUUGUUGAACAGAUUGCGAGGACUGAACAUAUUGAUUUGUUGCUUUCACAGCUACGGAACGAGGACGUCUCGGAAACAAUGUACAAAGAAACCCUUAAAACCAAAGACCCAAGUAUCAAGGCCAAUGGCCUAAAAUUUCCAAGUGAGACCAAAGUCAAUCGAAUCUGUGAUGCCUUCCUGGCUGUGCUCGAGCAGCCGCAAUACCGAGAGGAUCACCUCCAAAACAUCGUCACGGCUCACGUAGUUAAAGUGCCAGCGGACCUAGAGUCUGGAUUGGAAAUGAUCGGUAAAUUGCAAGCAGCCCAAAGCCCUCUCACCGAGAAGGCAGCUGAGCACAUCUGCUUCCUUGCAGAUGUCAACCAACUAUACGACGCAGCCCUUGGAAUCUAUAAUCUCGAGCUCGCCCUUCUAAUAGCUCAGCAAUCCCAAAAGGACCCUCGGGAAUACCUCCCACACCUCCAAUCGCUCCACGACCUGGCGCCUCUUCGUCGGAAAUUUAAGAUUGACGACCAACUUGGACGCAAGACCAAAGCACUUCGAUAUCUUAAAGAUCUUGAUGUUUUCGGCGAACUACAGGAAUAUGUCGUGAAGCAUGCUCUUUAUCCCGAAGCGUUGAAGAUGUUUCAAUACGACACAGCACGUCUCAAGGAUAUCAUGAGUAUCUAUGCCGACUAUCUGAGCACUUCACAUCGACAUAAAGAAGCGGCAAUUGCAUAUGAAUACCUAGAUGACUAUUCCCACGCCUACAAUUCAUACCUGUCCUUCGGGACAUCCGCCUGGCGUGAAACGCUAACCUGCGCAAGCCUGUCUGGCUUCAGUGAUUCUGACCUCACAUCCCUAGCAACCACCCUCCUAGAUUCCCUCACGGAAUCAAAAGACUACGCUUCAGCCUCAGCAAUUGCACUCGACUACCUCUCCGACUUGUCCACCGCAGCAAAGCUCCUCUGUCGUGGCUGCUGGUUCGCCGAAGCUAUGCGCAUAGUCACGCUGCACCGCGAGCCAUCUCUCAUAUCUUCAGUCGUCGACCCGGGCCUUAUCGAAGCAAGCGGUAGCAUGAAUGAGUUCCUCGCCGACAUGAAAGAGCAACUCAAGGCUCAAGUCCCACGUCUCCGCGAUUUGCGCGAGAAGAAGGCCUCGGACCCGCUCGCCUAUUUUGAAGGAACUAUGGACCAGGAGGCGAAUAUUCCAGACAACAUCUCCCUGGCCCCAACUGAUACCACCUCUGGUGGCACAUUCAUGACACGCUAUACAAACCGCACUGGAACGGUAAACACUACUACUACGCGGAAAACGAGUAAGAAGAAGAUGCGGGAAGAGCGGAAGCGUGCGCGAGGGAAAAAGGGGACGGUUUAUGAAGAAGAAUAUCUUAUGAAUUCGAUUGAGCGGUUGAUUGAGAGAAUCAAUGGGAUGAAUGACGAGGUAAGAAGGUUGAUCGAAGGUUUGGUGAAGAGGGGAAUGAGGGAGAGGGCUGAGGCUGUGGAGAAUGCGACUAGGGAUGUGAUUGAAAGGUGCGAGGAUGCAGUGAAGGAGAUCGGGUCAAGAUCCGGGUGA